CCCAUCUCCAUCUCUGCGUGACUGACUGCUGCGUCCCUCCUCCCUCUCUCUCCGCCGUCGUCUCCAUCUCAUCCUCCAGCCGCGCUCCCUCCGCCACCUCCGACCCCCCUCCGCUCCCUCUGCGCCGCGCCUCGCCGCCCAAGCUUCAAGCUUCCUACGGGUACGAGCUUAUGGAUUUGCCAGGUCCGAGAUGGAAGAAGGGCAAGGACAGCAAGGACUUUGCAGCUCUUGCAGCAGCUAAUCCCAUGUCGAGUAUUGUUGCCGAGCUCCAGGCUUCGCUCAGAGAUUCAGAAUCUGUGGCGAUUUUAUCGGGCCAGGGCGGGGGCUCGGUUCUUGGAGUCCGACCACACCAUGCCGCGCUUCUAAACCGUGCCUCCUUUGGCCGGGCCGUGGAAAAUGCAGGAGAGGAGAGACAAUGGUUCCAGCUGGGUCCCGAGGAGGUGUUCUUCCUUUGCCAUGCUCUGAAGUGCAUCACAGUUGAAUCAGAGAACAAGAAGCAGAUGGGUGAAGGGGAGCUGUGGGAUCACUUGAGCUCCACUUCAGAGCCAUUCCCUGAGAUGUACAAGGCGUAUGAACACCUUAGAUUGAAGAACUGGGUGGUAAGGCCAGGAUUGCAGUACGGUGCAGAUUUUGUGGCUUACCGUCAUCAUCCAGCACUUGUCCACUCAGAGUUUGCAGUGAUUGUACUUCCAGAAGGCAAAGUGUUCGACACUAGAUGUGGCCGCCUGAAGGUGUGGUCUGAUCUAAUCUGCGCGCUACGAGCUUCUGGCAGUGUGGCCAAAACAUUACUUGUUCUGACCAUCAGCAGCAGGAGCUGUGAGCUGAGCUCCCCAGAUUGUUUAGAACAGCUGGUUGUUCAUGAGAGGACGAUCACAAGAUGGAUACCCCGGCAGCGCUGUGAGCAACAACACAAACUGUGCAGAGAAGAAUUCAAUAGGGAAGAACAAGAGCACAUAAGGGAGAGUGUAGUGUAUGACUACUGGGGUCUAAUACUAGGCUUCACCAUUCUUUCUAGCUUACUUGUGUACAAGCUAAAGUUUUGACUAAAAAACUUAGCAUUUUUGUAUACUCACUUUGCUGAAUGUGAAUUUUCCAUUUUAUUGCAAUCCUGUGAUGGUACAGGGACAUUGGUGUCUUGGUUUUCCAUUUUUGUAUACUCAUUGUCAGUCUCAGUUAGGUUU